AGCAGCGCAAGUCACAAUGGUCGAGUUCAAGAACCCCGCUACUGCCACCCUCCUCGAGGCCGUCAAGGCUCGCCGCACCAUCUACGGCCUCAAGGCUGAGAGCCCCGUCUCCGAUGACACCAUCGAGGCCAUUGUCCGCGAUGCCGUCCUGCACGUGCCCAGCUCUUUCAACACGCAGACCUCGCGCGUGGUUCUGCUGCUGAAGGAGGAACACCAGAAGGUCUGGGACAUUGCCCUCCAGGCAAUGGAGGGUCUCGUGGCUGCGGGUGCGCUGCCCAAGGAGGCGUUUGAGUCCUCGACCAAGCCGAAGCUAGAGGGAUUCCGUGCUGGUUACGGAACUGUCCUCUUCUUCGUCGACUACGACGCUCUCAAGGACAUCAAGGAGAAGUUUGCCAUCUACGCUGACAAGUUUGAUCCUUUUGCUCUCGAGUCCAAUGCCAUGUCUCAGUACUUGGGUAUGCAUCAAUCUGCAGGCAUCUGGACCGCCCUAGCCUCUGAAGGCUUCGGCGCCAACCUGCAGCACUACAGUCCCCUGAUCGACGAGCAGAUCGCCAAGCAGUGGAAUAUCCCUGCCAACUGGAAGCUUGAUGCCCAGCUCGUUUUUGGUACUCCCACCUCUGGUCCUCUGGAGAAGACCUUUGCUCCCAUCGAGGACCGCUUCAAGGUGUUUGGCAAGUCCGCGUAA